UGCAUCUAUUGAGAAAGGUACGCUCUCAUGCCAUUCGUCUUUUACGUAAAUUAUUUUUUAUCUUUCAGAUAUAAAAAUUAAGUCAACGAAAAAAUCUCUGCAUAUGAUCUUUGUGAUCUUUAAUUUUAUAAACAAAGCUUUAUUGAUCAAAGAAAAUUUUCAAGAGUUUUAAUUGUGUGUAGGAUCGAAAUUUUCUCAUUUUCACGAAUGACUAAGAAAUUCCAAGACAAGUACGUUAUUCCGUAAAUUCGUACCAUUGUCACGAAAUAAAAUACCGUACAUGAUUAUAUACGGUAUAUCUUUUGUCGUUACCGUUACAAUCGAGACCAAGUUGCACUUCCUGCUAACUCCACAGGAAUACAAAUUGGCAACUUGACACGAUGGCUAGUUUGUAACCGAAUCUUCUCUCGUAUUUUCUCUGUAAAUAAUAGUUGAAAAUCCUAAUACUGAUAUAUAUCGCAGGAUAAUGUAUAUGUUACUCGAGCAGCAUUUUAUUACACAGAAUCGUGAUAUAAGAAUCCUGCUGAUCCUUUUACCAUUCUUUCAAUGUUUAACUAUAGAACAGGUGGUUAGCCUUUUGGCAAAAAGAUAUCUGUACAUAAAAUUCUUAAAAAUAAAUAUUCCAGAAACGUGAACGUUUAAACGAUUAAGUUGAAAAUUCAAAAAGUCAUGAAACUUCGUAUGCAAGUGGUAUAGAUCAUUCAUAAUACAAACUUACUUUUCAUUGCUACGAUAAUGCAAAUUAUAGAGAUUGAAUCACCUCUUGAAGAAAAUACAGAGCCUUCUUGUGAAUUAUCGAGAGAAUAGUGAGAGAUAUCAAAAGUUAUUAUGUUUAAAUUAUUAUUCAUAUAUACUUCAUACCACUUUCAAUUAUUAUAUAAAAUUCUUUGAAUCACAUUAAUACCAAUAACCUUGUACUACUCAGUAUAAAUUCGUACACUUAUUUAAAUAGCACUAUCAUAUAUGCGGUAAUUUUAUUCGAUAUACAUACUUGCCUAACACCUAAAACCAUAAACAUGCUUAUUUUCAAAAGAGAGAGAGAGAAAUAGAACUUUUUCUUAUUAGAAUAAUCGCACGAAGUCGAUCACAAGAAAUUAAAAAAUAAUACAAAAACCAACCAUACGUGACGUAAAGCACGUGAAGGCAUACUAAUCCCCUAUGCCGUUGAAGUAGUGGUAGCAUAAUUUAGAAGCUAUUAUAGAACAUCAUCUUCAAUCUUGUUGCGUCAUGAUAAUACUUUCCCCGGUUGUGUCGACCUUGCUCGUCUUUUUCCUUUCGUGCCCGUUUGGUUUCUGGCCGGAUGUGAAUCAGUUCGGAAUCGACGAUACGUCGAUUCGCAAAGGUCGCCUGUACCCGGUAAGGGUUAACGAACGUAUCCCGAUAGGAUAAAAUCGACGUCGAAAAAAUGUUUACGAAGGUCCUACCGAAGGACGCGGCCGUGUUAUGGCAUUCUUCGGCUGCAUUCUUUCCAGCCUCUAAAAAACGAUAGAUGGAACCAAAGUAAGGAUACUAAACACACAUAUAGCUUGCAUACAAAGUUGGGCUUUAUGAGAAGCAUAAUGAGCGGAGAUUAAUGUGUAUCACGUGAAAUACGUUAAAAUGUUUCUGGAAUUAGAUACCGAUAAAUGUAGGACUUUUCAAUUCUUCAACGAUGAAUUAAAAUGGUGUGAUAAAACAUAAUGCUAACAUGUUUUUAAAGUUAGCAGUGAUUGGUACGAUAAACUGACUGUGUAAUAUUCCACAUUGUAGAACAGAAUUACUACCAUCUAUGAUCAGAGUUUUAAAAUAUAUUGUAUUGUAUAUCGAUUGCAGCUUUCUACUUUAAUCUAGAUAGAUAAAAUUAUCGAAAUACGCACAUAUAGAUAUGUAACUUUGAAAUUACAGAACAUUAAUGAAACUAGAGGAUCCUUAUGUAACAUAUUUGUCUAAAAUAUAAAAUAUAGAAUUCGGAUAUUGGGAUUCUAUUACUUUCUAGCUAAUGAAAAUAUGGAAAAAUUACAAUAUAUAUAUAAUAAUAAUAAUAAACACAAAAAUAAUAUCAAAGCAAUUUUGUGAUUAAUGAUUAUUCAAAAACUGUAUCUUUUCACUAAUUUCGUUAUAUCCGUGAAAGAAAAGAGAUCAAGAUUAUCUACAGAAGAAAAUAAUUCGUUUUAUAAGAAUCUCUUUUAUUCGUAGGAUGCAAAAGAGCCUCGACUCGAGGGGCUCGGCUCGGCGUCGAAAACACUGCCUCCCGGUUCUAAAAUCGUUGCGAAAGAUCGUUGAUCCUCACUAGCGACCUUCGCGAAGAUACAAGAAAGGUCGUACCCGGACGUUCUCAAAUUUUUCCUAAAACCCGUCCCCGCGGUUUUUCUAAGUAUCGGCUCCCUCUCGUUGAUCGUCACAAAGACGUGUACACGAGAAAAGAGGCAGAGGAGAAGUCACAGAACAGAAAGGAGAGGGAAAGAUCGCGAUGGCCUCGACGUGCCAGCUCCGCCUCGCGAGGCUCGCAGCCACCAAGUGAAAGUAGGAUUUUGCUUUCUACCCGUGGCCAGUGACAAACGUGCCGUGCUCGCGAACUCGUCUCUUUUCUUCUGCGAGGAUGUGCCCGCUCGUCGCUGCUCGAUAAAUCAACGGGCUCAAACACAACGUGACGAAAAAGGUUCGCGAAUUUCAGCGUCGUUACGAUGACAGUGUUGCACUGACAGUCGGGCGAACUGCCUCGAAAUCGUGCCGAUACGAAAAAGUGCGCGGUGUGAACAAGUGGCCAGGAGAGGAUGUCGAGACACAAAACGAACGAUAACCGUUUCGUCGACAUGAUUCUGACGUUUCUAAUUCUCGGCUACGCCUUCGUGCCAACGAACUGUCAACAAGGAUCGGCCGAAUCGUGGGACAAAUUAUCGCGUCUUAUACCAACGAAUUCGGUGUACGAACAACAGGACAAGAAUGCAUCUCCUGUCAAUAAUCCAGCGGAAACGCUAUUACGCUCCUUGGACGAAAACAAUGUCAUGGAGACAUCAAAAACGAUUGGAAAGAAGAACAAUCACGAAGAGGAUGUAGACGAGGAAGUUUACGAAGACGAGUACGAAGUUGAAACCGAUCCAAAAACGGAACACGAAACUUUGAAAUUUCCUAAAAUCACCGAUUCCACUAAUGCAAAAUACGAAAAAGCUCCGUCAGAGUUAACCGCUCAGACGGAAGACAUGUCCAGAGACGAAGAUUAUGUGGAAGACCCUUCGACGAGUCAGUACGACACGUACAAUUACUACAACGACGAUUACUCAAGUCCUAAUCGGUCACGAUACCGGGCCGCAGAGGACGAACACGCUCGCGACUAUCCGGAUGCGGAGGAAGAAGAAGCGGAGCCGGAGGAACAUGGAGAACAAAAAGGAGGAGGAGGAGAAGAAGAAGAAGAAGAAGAAGAAGAAGGAGAGGAAGAAGAAGAUGGGAAGAAACCACAAGACAACGACUAUGAUACGUCAGAGGAAGAGGAAGAAUAUUUCGAUUCUCACCACGUUGCGAACGUAAACGAUUCUUCGUCCGACCUGUUCGAAGAAAAGGAUCUAGACACGCCAAUUUCAACGACCAACAACGAGGAGGGUUCCUCGAUGGAAGGUAGCGACAAAACUUUUGCCUUUCUCGGCCCACCAGAGUCGAGAAUAAAUUCCUCCGUUGAUAGUUCCAUCUUGAUCGGAGGAGCCAUAGUGUCGGUAGUAACGACGAAAAGCGUCGUCAAUGGCACGAUUUCCGUUCCAACCACAUCCUCCCCGACUACUACCGAACAAGUUGUCGCGCCACCCUCCUCCACUUCUAUGGUAAUCACGGAACAACCUGUAACAGCGAUAACAACCGAGGAUACGUCUCGAAUAUUAGCUUCGGUUCAAACGAGUCGUAGCAUAUCCGGCGCUCGAUUCUUGCCGUUUCCUGUAAUAGAUCGUAUCGAACCGAUCGGCCAUAGCAGCGAGAAGAAAACUUCGCCACCUGCAGAGUCCACGGAAAGCAUUAUCGAUAAAUUGGACAGGGUACAGUCGGAAUUGUCCAGCGGUUUUCUCGCCGGUGGCUUCCGAACUGCCGGUAAUUCCCUUCAGUUGGACGUUUUGAACGAAAGAGACAGGAAUAAUCGCAGAAGGUAUACUACUACCGCUAAGACGCCGGUCAUUAGCAAGUUUGUACCGCGAAGAUACAACGAUAAGAGAAACGAUCAUGCUACGCCGAAGCCGAAGAUCGAAACGACGCUUGAUAGUUUGGAAGGAUUGUUACCGCGUGAUUACGUUACGAGGAGUUCGUCGACGAUGUCGACGCUUCCGAAGACUGGAUUUAGAUGGCCGACAAAGAGCACAACUAGCACAACAGCAGAACCAACCACGACUCAACUCGCAUCGACUGCCUCCAUUGCCAUGGCGAAAAAACCUAAAACCAACGUGAUUGUUCAAGACAUAAGUGCCUUUUUACCACCCGGAUACAAAUUGAAGAAAGAGGACUCAACUGUUACAGAAAGCUCCCUGUUAAAGGAUAUUCUGGCGAAAUCUAAGGUCGAUAUAUCGUCGUUGUUACCGGCGGAUUAUAACAAAAAGAGGAACGAGGAUGACAUAGCAACAAUGACGACAACAGCGAAAAGUAUAGGCGUUUCGUCAGAGAAAUCACCAGCUGAGAAAACGAUUCAGGAUUUGUUCGCUAAAUCCAAAGUUGACAUUUCUUCCUUGUUGCCACGUGAUUACGAACAGAAGAGGAAGAAUCUUAUUUCAGAGCCGGGAGACGUUCAUACCGAGAAUUUUACCGAAUCCAAUGUAUCUGUGACUACGGAAUCCACUUCGUCCACGACGAAGAAAUCCGCUGGUUUGAAACUCGUGUUUCCUAGCAGGCCUGGCGGACGGAAAGCAAUUAAUAAAAUCACCACGCCACCCAGUCCUCGAGGUGAAGGACCUGGCACGGUUACGCCGAAAAUACACAGAGGAUGGCCGAUCAGAGUUACCACAGAAUUUACCGGCUGGCCUAGUUCGUCGACUACCCCGAUCUCGAUAGAAAAGAUACUGGAAGCUGCCCGAACCGCAACGAUUUCGUCUGCGUCACUAAUCCCGAUAACAGAAGCAACGUCGAGCACUACGACAACGUCGACUACGACGACAACGCCUCGACCAACCACACCAGGAAUUUGCGAGCAAGAUUGCGAAGUCGCUGGAACUAUAAAGAUAAUUGGUAAUACAAGCUGGGUACCGGAAUUGCUUGAUCGAAAUACUCAAGAAUGGCAGAAACUCGCCAAUGAAAUUGAGCGAGAGAUGAACUUCAUAUUCUCAAAAUCUGCUGUCCUAGCAAAAUGGUAUAAAAAGAUAAGAAUCGAUUCAUUCAGCGAGGGUAGUAUUUUGGUAGAUUAUUUUGUUGAAUUGUCCAACUUGGAGCAAAACGUUAAUACGCAGGAAUUGAAAGUUAUUUUCCACGAUUCGUUACGGACUUAUAACGCAAACAGGUGGAACGAAACUAAAACGAAAAGUUCGAUAAAGCUUGGAUCGUUCACAAUCGAUCCGAAAUAUACGGAUUUUGUAGUGAUACCUAAAGUAACAACUCCCCAAUACACUGAAGAAGACGAUAGAUUAGUUCCACAAUGGGCAAUUGCUGUAAUCGUAAUUGGUGUUGGUGGAUUAGUCUUUAUCAUUAUAUUUGGUGUCUCUGUCUUAAUAAAUCGUCAUAAUGCUUCGAAAUUGAAACCAUCUAUAUCUACAAUUUACGAAGAAGAAGUAGCAAAGAAUAUUACAGCUAAUAGAUCUAGUGAUUACUCAAAACCGGUACAUACGAUUUGGACUGACCCAGACGUUUCUUGGAACGACAAGUCUUUCGAAUCGACCUCCAACAAGAUUCUUGUCGAGAAAUCUUUUCAAGACAAUAAGAAAUAUAACAUGUACGAUAGUUGGAGAUCGCAGUGGAACGGUUAUUAUUACAACGGGUCUCAUACUAGCAGUAAAUAUGGCGGUUACGAUAGUACAACAAAUUUAUCAAGUCGUCAUCAUCCUGAUUACGAUACAAAUUUUUAAAUUUUACGGUAAUAAAGUAAAAUUUCUAUCAA